UUCACAGACACAGAAGUUGCUGGGACUUCGCUGCGGGGACGGUGCAAAGAGAGAGUGAGAGUGAGAGAGAGAGAGUGUUAGGGUUGCAAGGAGCAGAGAAUUGUCAGCCAGCACUCAGCUAGAUACAGCCCGGGAGAAUGGGAGUGCUGCAGGGUCUGUGGUCGCUGACGGUGGUGCUGUUAAUCCUUUGUGUCCCUGCGGAAUCUGAGCAGAGAGGUCUAUUCCCGGCAAUCCUGAAUCUUGCCAGUAAUGCGGUGAUCUCCACCAAUGCAACAUGUGGCGAAAAUGGUCCAGAGAUGUACUGCAAGCUGGUGGAGCAUGUUCCUGGGCGGCCAAUACGCAACCCACAGUGUCGUAUCUGUGACUCGAACAGCGCGAAUCGUAAAGAGCGCCAUCCCAUCGUCAGUGCCAUAGAUGGCACGAACAACUGGUGGCAGAGUCCCAGCAUCCAGAAUGGGAGGAAGUAUCACUGGGUGACAAUUACCCUGGACCUGAGACAGGUAUUUCAAGUAGCCUAUGUUAUCAUUAAGGCAGCAAACUCUCCUCGGCCUGGGAACUGGGUGUUGGAACGCUCCAUUGAUGGUGUUGAGUUCACACCAUGGCAGUACUACGCCACAAGUGACACCGAGUGCCUGACCCGCUACAACAUUGCACCUCGGAUUGGGCCACCAACCUACAAGAGGGAUGAUGAAGUGAUCUGCACAUCUUACUAUUCCAGACUCGUCCCACUGGAGCACGGAGAGAUUCACACAUCCCUGAUCAAUGGCAGGCCCAGUGCUGAUGACCCUUCCCCCACUUUGUUGGCAUUUACCUCGGCUCGUUACAUCCGUCUCCUCCUUCAGCGCAUCAGAACACUCAAUGCUGACCUCAUGACCCUUGGCUUCCGUGACCCUCGGGAAGUUGAUCCAAUUGUCACACGCAGGUAUUACUACUCCAUCAAGGACAUCUCUGUUGGAGGCAUGUGUAUCUGUUACGGUCAUGCACGUAGCUGUCCGUGGGAUGAAACACUAAUGAGAUUGCAGUGCCAAUGUGAACACAAUACCUGUGGGGAGAGCUGCAGUGAAUGUUGCCCUGGUUACCAUCAGAAACCAUGGCAGUCUGGAACCUUUGCUUCUGACAACACUUGUGAGAAGUGUAAUUGCCAUGACAAAGCAGAAGACUGUUACUAUGACCAGAGUGUGGCUGAUCGCAACCUGAGUUUGAACAUACAUGGUCAGUACAACGGUGGGGGUGUCUGUGUUAAUUGUACGAACAACACUGCAGGCAUCAACUGUGAGACUUGUAUUGAUGGCUUCUACAGACCUCACAAGGUCUCUCCUUUUGACUAUGAUCCUUGCUUACCGUGUGGCUGUAACCCAGCAGGAUCUAUAAAUACUACUUGUGUGAAGGAUGAUAAUCAUGCAGUUAUAGUACAUGGUCUGUUCCCUGGUCAGUGCCAUUGCCGAGAGGGUUAUGCAGGGAAGACGUGCAGCCGUUGUGCUCUGGGUUUCAAGGGCUUUCCCGAUUGUGCACGCUGUAACUGUAGUCUAGCUGGCAGCAUCAAUGAUGACCCUUGUGCUGAGCCAUGCCAUUGCAAGAGAAACGUGGAGGGAGAAAACUGUAACCAGUGCAAGUCAGGGUUCUACAAUCUGCAGGAGAGGAACCCUGAAGGAUGCACAGAAUGCUUCUGUUUUGGACUCUCUGGUGUUUGUGAAAGCAUUUCCUGGUCCAUUACACAGGUCAUGGACGUUAAUGGAUGGCAAGUGACUGACCGUCAGGGUGUAAAGAGGGUGCAGACUUCUCAGAAUUUGUCUGAUGGCCCCAAACAAGUGAACAUUAACAACACUGAGGCCAGACAGUCUCUGCCUGCUUUGUAUUACUGGACAGCACCAGAACUGUACCUGGGUAAUAAGUUGACUGCCUAUGGAGGCUACCUGAAGUUCACUCUGUUAUAUGAUUUUCCAACGGAAAGCACUGGUAAUGAGGUGAUCACCAAUAUUGAUGUCAUCAUUGAGGGCAAUGGGCGAACACUGAGUACAGGGUCUGAAGGCCUCCUGCUUCAACCAUAUGAAGAACAAUUGGUUUCAGUUCAACUCUUACCUGAGAACUUUGUGGACCUUAAUACAAAUAAUGCUAUCGACCGAGAUCGACUCAUGACUGUUCUAGUAAAUGUAACACGGCUGCAGAUCAGAGCCACAUACAACAUUGCCAAACAGUUUGUGUACAGGCUGAGUUCAGUCACGUUGGACGUUGCAAACCCCAAUGCCAUUGACAUUCUUCCUGCAGUCGAUGUUGAACAUUGUGAAUGCCCAGCAGACUACUCUGGCAUCUCCUGUGAGUCUUGUGCCCCAGGUUUUUAUCGUGUCGAUGGAAUAUUAUUUGGAGGAAUCUGCCAACAGUGUGAAUGCAAUGGCCAUACCACAGAAUGUGACACUAACGGCAUUUGCCUGAGCUGUCAGCACAACACAACCGGACAUAAUUGUGACCAGUGCAUCCGUGGAUUAUAUGGUGAUCCCAGCAGAGGGACGAGUGAGGAUUGUCAGCCAUGUGCUUGCCCACUGAACAUUUCCUCUAACAACUUCAGCCCAACUUGCUACUUAAACAAAACAGGAAGCAUCAUUUGUGACCAAUGCCAGCCAGGCUAUACAGGGACCAGAUGUGAAAGGUGCGCUGACGGUUACUAUGGAAACCCAACAACACCUGGAGAGUUCUGUGUGCCGUGCGACUGUAGCGGCAACGUUGAGGUGUCAGUGCCAGGAAACUGUGACCCGGUGACAGGACAAUGUCUGAAAUGUAUCGGGAACACAGCAGGAAGCUGGUGCGAGCAGUGUGCAGAGGGGUUUUUCGGCGAUGCAGUUGUUGCCAAAAACUGCCGCACUUGUGACUGCAACGUGAAUGGUUCCUAUGGCAAGGCAUGUGACCCCAAGACCGGCCAUUGCCAGUGCAAAUCUAAUGUUCUGGGGCAGAAAUGUGACCAAUGUUUGCAUGGGUAUUUUGGCUUGAGCACUGGACAGGGCUGUGUUCCCUGCAACUGCAGCCAAUUGGGCUCCCUCUCUGAGGACUGUAGCGAUGACGGGCUCUGUCGCUGUGUGCCAGGGGUGAGUGGGAAGAAGUGUGAUCACUGUGCACACGGCUUUUAUGGAUUCCAGGAUGGUGGCUGCACACCGUGUGACUGUGCCCACACUCGGAAUAACUGUGUAGAGGAUUCAGGCCAGUGUAUCUGCCCAGCACACACACACGGAGACAAGUGCGAACACUGUGAUACCAACCACUGGGGCCAUGACCCUGAAAAUGGGUGCAAGUUUUGUAACUGCAGUGCACUUGGUUCCGUUGGUCCUCAGUGUGACAGAGUGAGUGGUCAAUGCCCUUGCAAAGAAGAGUUCAGUGGAGAAAAAUGCAGCAAGUGUGCGUUUGGCCAUCGAGACUACCCACAAUGCACUGCUUGUAAAUGCAAUCCCAGUGGUACCAGACCCGAAAAAUGUCACCUGACCCAAGGAGUGUGCAGCUGUGAGGAGAACACAGGGUUUUGUCCCUGUAAGGACAGCGUUUCUGGUGCUCAUUGCGAUGAAUGCAAACCGGGAUCAUUUGCUCUCAGUCUCCAGCACCCAGCUGGGUGCAGCAGCUGUUACUGUUCUGGAGUGUCUAAUUCCUGCUCGGAGCUCCAAGGACUGGUCAGAAUUCCACUGACCCUGACUCCUGACCAGCUGAGAAUGCAUGUUGUCACCCAAGGCAACCUAACUGGCACCAGAGAGGGCAUCUUCGCUCAGCUCCCAGAGACCCUGCUGGAUGCUGCACUAGUACAGAGGCAUCUGCAAACAGAACCAUAUUACUGGUCACUACCUGCCCAGUUCACAGGCAGUAAGUUUUUGGCGUAUGGAGGGAAACUGAGAUAUGUAGUUGCAUUUUAUGCCGUGGAAGGCUCUGGAAGCUUAAACCUGGAACCCCAGAUCCUACUGAAAGGAGGCCACAGCAGCAAAAUGGUAAUUUACAGGAACAUGCCAACUCCUGCAAAUGGAGAACCAAGCAGGCACGUGAUAGAUAUGACUGAGCACAAGUGGAAGUAUUUCAAUUCAGUCUCUGACAAACCUGUCACCCGCCCUGAUUUCAUGUCAGUCCUCAGCAACGUUGAAUACAUCCUGAUUAAAGCUUCCUAUGGUACUGGGCUCCAGCAAAGCAGGAUUUCUAAUAUCUCCAUGGAGAUUGCGAUGGAGGAUGAUGGAACUCAUGCAUCAAGAGAUCGUGCACAUCAGAUUGAGAUCUGUGACUGUCCCCGUGGAUACGCAGGCCUCUCAUGCCAGGAAUGUGCUCCUGGGUUCUACAGACAGAAGAUGACAGAUGGCCUACAGUCACUCGAUAUUGUGUGUGUCUCAUGCCAGUGCAACAAUCACAGUAACGUCUGUGACCUUGAUACAGGCAAAUGUCAAGCUUGUCGUGACAACACCGUGGGUGAUCACUGUGAGCUGUGUGCUUCAGGGUACUAUGGCAGAGUCAAUGGAUCUGUCGCGGACUGCUCCCUUUGUGCCUGUCCCAGGUCCAAUUCUGGCAGCUUUAGCCCCACGUGUGUAUUGGAGGGUGUACAUGAUUUCCGCUGUAAUUCCUGCCUGGUUGGGUAUGAAGGACAGUACUGUGAGAGAUGUGUGCCGGGUUACUAUGGUAACCCACGUGUUCCAGGCGGUAGAUGUCAAAGGUGUGAAUGUAACCCGAAUGGCUCUGUGCACAUCAACUGUGAUCCUUUAAUAGGCCACUGCGUUUGCAAGUCAGGUGUAACAGGGCGUCUCUGCAAUCAAUGUGAAUCGAAGCAUGUGCUGAUAGAAAGCGAAUGCAUAUCUUGUGAUGAUGAUUGCACAGGACUCCUGCUAUCUGACCUUAUCAACUUGGAAACCAUUUUGAUGACAUUAAACGUGACAGGCUUUGAUCCAACUCCUUAUAAUCUCUUUGCUGACAUAGAAAACAGGACAGAACAAUACAAGAUUACUCUGUCGACAGAAAGAAACACAAGUGCCCUCGUUGCAAAGGUAGAAGAACAGAUGUCUGCUUUGAUCUUGGGGAUUAGCCACUUACAGAAGAAGGUCGCUCUGGAGUUUGCUGGUGGACAGGAUCUGAAUGAAGCUGCUGGGAGAACACUAACCAGGGGUUUGGAGCUUGCAGCAUUUGUAAAUAAAACAACCAAGACAAUAAAUGCUCAUGUUGACAUGGCAAGUCACCUGAAUGAGACACUGGGCACUGACCUAAAUCUCUCAGACACCAAACUGCAACAACUCCAGCGCGAGAUCCUGAAUAUGCUGGAAUCCAUGCAGAAUAGAGUGUUUAAUCAAUCGAAAGGAAUUUCAGCAUCGGAACUAAAAGCGGCACGCAAUCUGUUGGCCAGCGUUCAGAAGGUGUUUCAGAAACCCCAUAAGGAAAUGGAGGACUUGAAAAACAGGGUCAAGUUUAUGUUAGUGCAACAUGCCAAUGGGUUGCAGGAAGCUCGAGAGCUAGUGAACAAAGCACGUUCAAGCACCAACAAAAGCAGUAGGCUUCUCCUCAGCAUCACCAGUGGUCUGCAAGAGCUCCAGGAAAAGCAGCAGACGAUCAAGAAUAUCAGAAUGCUGACAACAAGCGUGAUCCAAGAUGGAAGAGAGAUGUUGAACACUGCAGUAAAUAUGACAGAAGACAUUGUGAACAACACAGCUUUUUUGGAGCAGUACAGCGACCAGCUGGAUUUGUGGAAUACUAAGAUGAGGAUGCACCUUGACAAGUUGGUGAUGGAGAUGACUCAGAAGAGUGUGCUCAGCCUUGUCUAUAAGGCAGAAGACGAAGCUGAAGAACUUAGUGAGAUUGCAAGUCUGCUAAACAGUUCCCUUGCAGCUGUAAGAAACGUGUCUCUGAAUGCCACAGUGGCUGUCAACACACAUUCCAACAUCAAAGCACUCAUUGAUGAAGCUGCAAACAUUGCAUUAGAAGCUAGGAACAAAGCUGAUGCUGUAUUAAAGUUGGCUAUUGGUCCUCACACAUCACUGGAGGAGUUUGGCAGGAAGUCAGCCCAGCGUAGUUCAGAGAUCCUGAGCGAUGCAAAUGGCUUGAAAAACAAAACUGCUGGGCUCGUGAAUCAGCUGAAUGGAUUGAAGGAGAAGGUUGACCACAUUCAGAAGGGCAUGGGUAAUGUGAGCAGGCACCUCAGGGAGCCCUGGCACAUUCUGGCACAAAUGCCAAAUGGGACGGAUGCUCGAUUCCAAGAGGCAAGGGAUCGUGCAGUCUCAGCAAAUCUGACAGCAGCUGCAUCCCUCACUGAGAUUCAGCAGUUCAGUCGGCAGCUGCUGAGCACAUCUGGCUCUAUAGCGAGGAUCAAUAAAACUGUCAGAGAAACAAAUGUCCUCAUCAGUGAUUCAGCGAAGACUGCGGCAGCAGCUGGGAACAAGGUGCAGGAGGUUGAAAUUCAAGCCAACUACCUGCUGGACAAGUUGAAGCCGCUGAAAAUGCUGGAGGACAACCUGAACAGGAACUUAUCAGAGAUAAAGGAAUUGAUCAUUCAGGCCCGGAAGCAAGCUGCUUCAAUUAAGGUGGCAGUAUCAGCCAACCGAGAUUGCAUCCGUGCCUACCAACCAGCGCUAACAAGCAGCAAUUACAACACUCUGACACUGAAUGUGAAAACCUCCGAAUCGGAAAAUUUGCUGUUCUACCUCGGCAGCAGCACCAGCACUGAAUUCUUGGCUCUGGAGAUGCGACAUGGCAGGGUUGGCUUCCUAUGGGAUGUGGGCUCUGGCACAACAAGAUUAGAAUACCCCGAUCUCCAAAUUAACAGUAACAAGUGGUACAGGAUUCACGCUGCCAGGUUUGGACGUAUGGGUACCUUAUCUGUUCAAGAAGUUGGAUCGCCCAGUUUAGAUAAGCCAGUGGUAAAGACAGCCACAUCUGCUGGAACUUCCACUGUACUGGAUGUGACCAAUACCACACUGGUGUUUGUUGGAGGUCUCUCUCGACAAAUGAAGAAAGUAGCAGCUGUGAAGAUUACCCACUUCAAAGGUUGCUUGGGUGAAGCCUUCCUGGAUGGGAAAUCCAUUGGCUUGUGGAACUUCCGAGAAAGGGAAGGGAGUUGUAGUGGGUGCUUUGCAAGGUCACAGAAUGAAGACAUUGCUUUCCACUUUGAUGGAAGUGGCUAUUCAGCUGUCGAGAAGGUUCUACGUUCCACAACAACCCAGCUAGUGAUGCAAUUUAGCACGUUCUCACCAAAUGGCUUGUUCCUGUACCUCGCUUCAAAUGGGACCAGAGACUUCUUAGCAGUAGAGCUGGCAGAUGGGAAAGUGCGAGUGACCUUUGACCUUGGGUCUGGAGUUCUCACCCUUAUGUCUGAGAAACGGUACAACAAUGGAACAUGGUUUAAAAUUGCAUUUCAGCGCAACCGGAAGCUAGGUAUUCUGGCUGUCAUGGACCCAUUUAAUUCAACGGAUCGAGAAACCAAGCAAGGAGAGUCCCCAGGAACUGCUUCCGACCUCAAUCGUGGGCACAAAGAUCCGAUCUAUGUUGGAGGGUUGCCACGCUCCAGAAGUUACAGGAAAGAGGUUCUCAGCAAAUCGUUUGUAGGUUGCUUGAAGAAGUUGGAGAUAUACCGUUCUACAUUUGACCUGCUGAGGAAUUCCUUGGGUGUGAGGAAAGGGUGUCUACUUGAGCCUAUCCGUAGUGUCACUAUUUUGAAUGACGGCUUCGUACAGUUACAGCCGCGAGUCCUCCCAGUGGAGACAAAGUUAAUGGCAACCUUCAGCACAAAGAACAACACUGGGAUCAUUUUAGCCGGUUUUGGCAAACCCACGAGGAGCCGCAAUCGUCGGCAGACAAAAAUGGCAUUCCUUGCCGUUAUGAUAAUUGAUGGCCGUGUGGAAGCUCAUGUAAACACUGGCGAUGGAGUCCACACUAGGAGAGUCGUUGCCAAGUCCCCUUCAGGAACCUUCAGUGAUGGACAGGAACAUUCUAUCAUACUGACGAGAAGUAAGAGGAUAAUGAUGUUACAGAUUGAUGAAGGAAACCCCCUUGAAAUGAGACUCAGCGCCUCAGCAGAUACCAGUCCUUUGAAUAUCACCAGACUCUAUGUUGGUGGAGUUCCAACUGGAGAGGGCGCUGUUGUCCUUAAGAUAACAAGAUCCUUCAGGGGCUGCAUUAAGAACCUGGUCCUGAAUACAGAGUUGUUGGACUUCAGUGGCAUCAUGAGGUACCAGAAUAUCGAUCUGGACAGCUGCCUGCUUUCAGCCCCUGAGCCGAAGGCGAGAGACUCAGGGCUGGUCCUACAGCCGACUGCUAAUCCCAUCCAACCACCUGCGAGAGACACCAGGCCCAUCCACACUCCAUCCAGCUCCUCUUCCAACAAGAAAUCUUGUGUGGUAGAUGAAUUGCCAGGCUAUGUGGCCAGCGCUCAUCAGUUUGGACUCUCCAAAGGCAGUCACAUGAUCCUGUCCCUCGAUGAGACCUCAGUGAGGAGAAAAUUUGCCAUUCAGCUGAAUAUCAGAACUUACGCCUCCAGUGGCCUUGUGUAUUAUGUAGCCCAUCAAAAUCAGAUUGACUACGCUGCCCUUCAGCUGUGGGAAGGACAGUUACACUUCCUGUUUAACCUCGGGAAAGGUACAGCUGUGUCCAUCAUGCCCACUCCUAUUAAUGAUGGCAAGUGGCAUACAGUGAAAACAGAAUAUGUGAAGCGAAGAGGUAUGAUUACCAUCGAUGGGAAGGAAUCUAGCCCAGCUUUGGGAGAUGGUAACUCACUGGAUAUUGAAGGAAAGCUAUAUCUUGGAGGUUUGCCUUUAGACUACACUGCCAGGAAAAUAGGAAAUGCAACACACAGUAUCCCUGCUUGUAUUGGCAACGUGACAUUAAAUAACAAGCCCCUGAACUUAGAGAGGCCGGUUUCCGUCCUUACUGUGAGCAGAUGUUACACGGCUGUCCAGGAGGGCACUUUCUUCGAUGGCACUGGAUUUGCUGCACUGGUGAAAGAAGGUUACAAAGUGAGGUCAGAUGUAAUUAUUACAUUUGAGUUCCGCAGUACAACCCGAAACGCGGUACUGCUUGGCAUCAGCAGUGCUAAGGUGGAUGCAAUUGGAUUAGAGAUUGUAAAUGGCAAGGUUCUGUUCCAUGUAAAUAAUGGAGCUGGAAGAAUUACCGCUAAAUAUGAACCCAAGGAUUCAAACCAGCUGUGCAAUGGGAAAUGGCAUAAACUUCGAGCCAAUAAGAGCAAGCAUCGUAUUACACUGACUAUGGAUGGAGUUUCUGUGCAGGCUGACAAUCCCCAUAUUCAGUCAACCUCAGCAGACACUAAUGAUCCAGUUUAUGUGGGCGGUUAUCCUGCUAAUGUGAAACAGAAUUGCCUGACACUUCAAGAGCCAUUCCAGGGCUGCAUAAGGAACCUCAAGCUGACAAAAGAUCAACAGAUCCAGGCUCUUGACUUCAGCAAAGCCUUUGACCUCCGAGGUGUCUUCCCUCACUCUUGCCCUGGCAUUGAACACUAGCCUCGACCGUCUCAGCUGCGAGAAUUUUAUCAAAACAACUGCUGCAUACCCACUUCCCAAUUGUAUUUAUCGCCCAUCUUUACUCAGGAUAAACAUGCAUUUUUUUUUUAGACAAUAAAUCACCUGUUUUUGGCAGAUGCUUAACCAGAAGUUUUAUGUACUGUACAACAAGUACCUCCAUAAACAAAACCGUCAACAACAUCAGGAUGGAAUAUUUCAAUUUUUUUUAUGUUUACAGUUGUUUUUCUCCCCAACAGUAUUUACUGAAAUGUUAAUCCUUGUUCAUUUUGAAUAUGUUAUCGUUUUGCAAAUAAAGUGUAAACACGAUUUGGAA